AGCCACGGGUUAGAAAGGAGGAGCCGCGGCGUCGGCGCUGGUGCUGGGAGGAGCGAGCUCGGGUCUGAUCCGGUGGCCUUUCGUUUGCUGAAGCUGGGCUAGCAGUCGGGCUAGCCAAGGAGAGCGAGCGGGAAGGUUUCUGGAGGAGCAGCCAUGCCGAAACAUGAGUUCUUCGUGGAUAUGACCUGUGAAGGAUGCGUCAAUGCUGUUAGCCGUGUUCUCAACAAACUGGGAGGUGUUCAGUUUGAAAUUGACCUACCCAACAAAAAAGUGAGCAUUGAUUCUAAUCACAGUGUUGAUACGUUGUUGGAAACCCUGAAGAAAACUGGGAAAAAUACCUCCUAUCUUGAAGAGAAAUAAAUGUUAGAGAAAUGUUGCUGAUCGGGCUCUUUUACUUUAAGAAAGGUAGUCCUCAACUUACAACCAUUUGAAGUUAACACUGAUACUGAAAACUGACUUAUGAGCAUUUUUCACAUGACCACUGCUGCGGUCACGUGAUCAAAAUUUGAACCCUUGGCAACUGGCAUGUAUUUAUGUAUUUGCUGUAUAACUGGGGUCAUGUGCUCACCGUUUGCAACCUUUUGACAAGCAAAAUCAACGGGAAAGCCAGAUUCGUUUAACAACAUACCAACUGCAAUGAUUCACUUAAUAACUGUGGCAAGGAAGAUCGUAAAAUGGGGCAAAAUUGACUUAACAACUGUCUUGAUUUGCAGCUGAAAUUUUGGGCUCCGUUAUGGUCAUAAGUCAAGGAUUACCUAUACUGUGAACGUAUGGGCAUUUUAAAGUCUGAUAAUGUUAUCAUAAAUUUGCUUAAAGUAGAUGUGAUAUAUAGUUCCACCAGCAGGUGGAGAUCAUGUCUAAUUCUUUUACUUCCUCU